GACAGUGGCAUCGUGAUGACGCAAGAGCCCCGCCUUUUUCCGGAAGAUAAUUAUCAUGUGACUUGUUUGUUGGCUAUCCGUUAUACAGAACCGCAUAAUUUCAUUGCGGCAACAAACACACUCUUGUCCAGAGUAAUUUCCCCUUUCCCCGCUCUCAUCCUCUGUCUCUUCUCCGCGAUGGACGAGACGAGCCCGCUGGUCUCUCCGGUUCGCGAUUCUAACAAUUUUAGCUACGGUCCCGUGGAACCGACCAGUCCCCGAGGCGGAUUUGGAGGCACGCCGGGCUCCGUGGUGCGUCUCCCGGCCGGGAGUCCCGGACGCAGCCGCGAGCGACAGCCGCUCCUGGACCGAGACCGAGGCGCUUCACCCCGCGACCCGCACAGGAACGAGUUCCCGGAGGAUCCGGAGUUCAGGGAGAUCAUCCGGAAGGCGGAGAGGGCCAUCGAGGAGGGCAUCUACCCCGAGCGCAUCUACCAGGGCUCCAGCGGGAGCUACUUCGUCAAAGACUCAACAGGGAAGACCAUUGGUGUCUUCAAACCAAAGAAUGAGGAACCGUACGGCCAGCUGAACCCCAAAUGGACCAAAUGGCUGCAGAAGCUCUGCUGUCCAUGCUGUUUCGGCCGGGACUGUCUGGUCUUGAAUCAGGGCUACCUGUCAGAGGCCGGCGCCAGUUUGGUGGACCAGAAACUAGAUCUCAACAUCGUGCCGCGCACCAAGGUGGUGUAUUUAGCAAGCGAGACGUUUAAUUACAGUGCCAUCGACCGAGUGAAGUCUCGAGGAAAGAGGUUAGCGCUAGAAAAAGUGCCCAAGGUGGGCCAACGUUUCCACCGGAUUGGCCUGCCACCCAAGGUGGGCUCAUUCCAGCUCUUCGUAGAGGGAUAUAAAGAUGCCGAUUUCUGGCUCCGACGGUUCGAGGCAGAGCCUUUACCAGAAAACACUAAUCGUCAACUGCUGCUACAGUUUGAGAGGCUGGUGGUGCUGGAUUACAUCAUCAGAAACACAGAUCGAGGAAAUGACAACUGGCUCAUCAAAUAUGACUGUCCGAUGGACACGUCAAGCAACAGGGACAGUGAUUGGGUGGUUGUGAAGGACCCCAUCAUUAAACUGGCAGCCAUUGACAAUGGACUGGCCUUCCCUCUCAAACACCCGGAUUCAUGGAGAGCCUACCCAUUUUACUGGGCUUGGCUGCCUCAGGCUAAAGUUGCGUUUUCCCAAGAGAUCCGAGAAUUAGUUCUGCCCAAAUUAUCUGACCCCAACUUCAUCAAAGACCUUGAGGAAGAUCUAUAUGAGCUCUUUAAGAAAGACCCGGGUUUUGACCGAGGACAGUUCAAGAAGCAGAUCUCAGUAAUGAGGGGGCAGAUCCUGAACCUGACUCAGGCGCUGAUGGAGGGUCAGACCCCGCUGCAGCUGGUGCAGAUGCCGCCGGUGACCGUGGAGACCGCGCGAGCGCCGCAGCGAGCCGACAGCGAGUCCUACACACAGAGCUUCCAGAGCAGAAGACCCUUCUUCACCUGGUGUUGAUGCGCGAGCACAGCCCGAUUUAAGUUGCGUUUUUCACUGGGAUUUGGGGAACAGACGAGAAGGAAUAACUGAUGCUGAACAUAUAAUUCUGAAGGAAGCAUUGCCUUGAUGACUGUUAUGAACACACAUAGCCGCGUUCAGAGUGACCUGCAUGUCGAGUCAGUAAGACGAUGAAGGAGAAACUUUCUGUUGUAGUGAAACCUCGAUGCUUCACGGCUCUGGAACUGCUCAAAUAUAUCAUUCAUAAGCGUAUUCUGGUCAGGGGGUUCUUGCCUCACUUUUGUGUUAGUUUCGUUGUUCUCACAGUCGUUGAAAAGUCACAAUUUUUCUACUUUUUUAACGCUCACCUGUUAGGCGUUCGUUACUUGGAGGCGGAGUCACUUUGGCGCUCAACUGAGCGCGUGCAGAAACACCGAACGUUCCAUUCUCACAGUGUCAUCGUUCUUUUUGUUCGUUGUUCGAUUUAAUUUUAAAAUUUAAGAUGUUGCCAUUUUUUUCAAACUAUGUUUUCACAGGUGUCAACAAAACUGACCUUAAAACGUGACAAUGGACUGUAUAAUUUGUAUAAAUUGUAUGUAAUGUAUUUAAUGAGAGAUGCUAAAACUAUAACCAUAAAGUACUGAAUAAAAUAAACAAACUUGA